UUGAUUCAAAUACAGCUUUACUGCAGCACAAUAUCAUUCUUCACCGAAAACUCUGAACCAUACACAAGCUUAUCAAAAAAAAAAAAAAAAAAAGCUUUACAAAAGUCUCUGAUAUCCAGCUGGUACUUCUUCUGAAGAAAAACGACUACAGUUGCUUCCGCUGCAUUAACGCCAAAGAUGUCCAGAUUGAUUUUCUUUGUUCUGGUUGUGACAUUGCAAGUGCGUUUGACAUCAUCCGAGCCAUUGCCCACUUCUGCUCCAAACAAUGCCGGACUUCUUGAGAGAGCAAAGCAAGCAUACAGGGACACAAAGACUAAAGUUCUAAACGUUGGCAGCACAGUGGCUGGCUUUGCUGGCAUGUACUAUGAGGAACAUCUCAAACCUGUAGCUGACCCUUACGUGGAGUGGGCAAAAGAUCAUGCAAAUUCCCUGUGGGAUAGAGUGAAAAGCAGAAUGCCCAGCUUCAGAGCAACCCAAGAACAAUAAGUAAAGCAAUUCUUCAAGGGCCGAUCGCGACUUUCAGGAUAUAGACGUUGUGGAAUUAAUAAACCGAAUCAUAUCUCCAAUGUAGUCAUGCCAUUAAUGCACAACUGAAGACCAAAUGUAUAUGAAGACUAUAAAUUAAUAUAGUUAUUUUUCUGUAUGUUUCUUUUUAACACCAUAUUAAUAAACAUUGAUAACGGUA